CUGUCACGUGCAGUGGGGGCGGAGCCGGCACUGCGGCUCCGAGAGCGGCUGGACUCUGGGCUCGCUCUCCGAGCUGACGGGACGAAGCGGGAGCCCGGACCGCCGUCUGCGAGCAGGAGGCCGGUCGGGUCCCCCAGUCCCUGGCACCCAUGAGCGGGCCGGAGCCGGAGCCGGGGCCCGGGCCCGGGCCUGUGUGGGAGCGGCCCUGGUCCUUGGAGGAGAUCCGCAAGAACAGUCAGAGCUGGUCCCUGGCUGCGGACGCGGGCCUUUUACAGUUUCUUCAGGAGUUUUCACAGCAGACCAUCUCCAGGACACAUGAAAUCAAGAAACAAGUGGAUGGACUGAUUCAUGAAACAAAAGCUACAGAUUGUCGCCUUCACAAUGUCUUCAAUGACUUCCUCAUGCUGUCUAACACACAGUUCAUUGAGAAUCGUGUGUAUGAUGAAGAAGUGGAAGAGCCAGUUCCCAAGGCUGAAGCUGAAAAAACAGAACAGGAGAAAACUCGGGAACAAAAAGAAGCAGAUCUGAUUCCCAAAGUCCAGGAAGCUGUCAACUAUGGGCUGCUGGUAUUGGACAGCGCAUUUGAACAACUUGAUAUAAAAGCUGGAAAUUCAGACUCGGAAGAAGAAGAAGCAAAUGAAAGAGUAGAGCUGAUCCUUGAGCCAAAGGAUCUCUAUAUAGACCGACCCUUGCCUUAUUUGAUUGGUUCUCAGUUGUUCAUGGAGCAGGAAGAUGUUGGUCUUGGAGAUCUCUCCAGCGAGGAAGGUUCUUUAAACAGUGAUCCAGAUAGUGUCCUGGAUAGUGAAGAGGAGAAGGAUGAAGAGGAGUCAGAUGAUGACUUUGGCAAUCAGAGUGAGAAUGAUCAAAAGCCGCACAUAGCACUGAUAAGUGAUGAAGAAGAGGAUGAAGAUGGUUGUGAUCUCUUUGGUGAUUCUGAAAAGGAAGAAGAAGAAGAUGAGGUCAAUGGAGAAAGUACCAGACCUAAAAGAAAUCGCCCUGCUUCAUUUGCUGACGAGCUGGCAGCAAGAAUCAAAGGAGAUGUGACAAGCCGAACAUAUGAGGGGCAGACAAUCACAGCCUCAGGGGAAGCAAAAACCAAGAAAACAACUAAAGAGAAGAAAGAUGUCAAGAAAGUUCCCUCUGAUGAUGAGGACGACAUGUUUAAACCACCCAAACUGACGGAUGAUGACUUCUCCCCAUUUGGCUCUAGAGGGGGCCUUUUUAGUGGGAAUGGACUCUUUGAUGAUGAUGAGAGUGACCUCUUUUCAGAAGCCCCUAAAGACAAUGAAAAUCAAGCCCCGAUUAAUGAAGAGACUUCAUCAUCCAAACCUGGAAAAAAGAUACCAGCAGGAGCUGUGUCUUUAUUCUUAGGUGAUCCUGAUGUGUUCAGUGUUUCUCCAGCUCAGUCACAGAAAGGGCACCAGAGGCCUCCACAGUCCACACAAGGGAAAACACCCCAGGGUCCUGCUCCUGCAGGCCUCUUUGAUAAUGACGAUGAUGACGACGACUUUUUUGUUGCAUCCAACAGCAGACCCUUACGUGCAGCCAGACCAGCUGCUGAUCUGUUUGAUGACGCGGAAGAGGAGGAAGAUCUCUUCAAAAAGAGAGCAGCCUCUUCUUCCACUGAUGCCCUCAGCCCCGCAGCCAAGGAGACAGUCGAGAAGGUAAUGCCACCUUCCAGCAAAAAUCUCAAGGCCUUGUCAGAAGAAGUUUCCAAGAAACAAAAAGGUUUAUUCUCAGAUGAAGAGGACUCAGAGGACUUGUUUUCUUCUGCUCCAACUGUGAGUAAGACAAAAGCUGCGGCUCCUCCUUCCAGCAAAGUCACCACAAAGAAAUCCCUUUCCCUUUUUGAUGAUGAUGAAGAGGAAAAUCUUUUUGGUGAAACACCUGCUAAGAAACAGUCAUCACCAUCUCUGCCUAAGCAAACUCAAGAGAAGGCAAAAUCUUCUGAGCCCCACAAAAAAGCAUCCGCCUUACUGUUCAGCAGCGAUGAGGAGGACCAGUGGAGUGUGGGUGAUUCACAAACCAGUAAGGUGCUGGACAGCAGUAUAAAGGAACUUAAGAAGCCUGAAACAAAACAGGAUCACAUAGAGAAGGAUGUGAAAAAGAUAAGUCUGUUUGAGGAAGAUGACGAUGAAGAGGAUUUAUUUGCUAUUGCUAAAGACAGCCAGAAAAAGGCUCCUAAACCUUCACUCCUUUUCGAAGAAGAUGCUGAUAGUGGCGGGUCUCUAUUUGGCUCUCCUCCUUCAUCUGUUCUUCCUGCGAAAAUGGGAAAAGAGAAAAUCUCUCAGACAGUACCCUCAUUAUUUAGUGAUGAAGAAGAAGACCCAGCCACUCCAUUUGGAACUGCGAAACCAGUAGAUAAGCAGGCUGAGCCGGCUUUGGCUGGGAAUACUGUUGUGGUCAAGCAAGAAGAAAAGCCUUCCAGUGCUGGUGCCCAUUUCAAGACUACCACCGGUGUCUUUCAGGAUGAAGAACUCCUCUUCAGCCACAAGCUCCAGCAGGACAAUGAUCCUGACGUCGACCUCUUUACCAGGUCAUCAGAAAAACGGGCUGCUCCCCCACCCAAAAAAGAGGCCCUUUUUGGGGAUGAAGAAGAUGAUGAUUUCUUCACUUCUGCUCAACCACAGCCUCCGAAGGUAGCCCAAAAGAAAACAGUAGAGAAAAAAGAUCAUUUUGGUCCUUCUCUUGAAAGCCAUAAAUUCCCCGAAUCAUCUCCAAAUAUCAAACAUGAAACAGAUGUGUGGAAACUGGAAACAGCCCAGGACUCUUCAGGCCUCCCUCCAUAUAAAACCAAAGAGCCUUCCUCUCGGAUCGGGAAACUACAAGCAGACUUAGCCAUUAAUCCAGCAGCCUUGCUGCCCGGGGCAGCUGCCAAAAUCUCCGGGGCAAAGGCUGCCAUCCCUCCAUUUGCCUUUACUGCUUCUGAGCCUGAUGAAGUCAGGGCCGUGGAGAAGGCCUCUGCCGGUGAGACAGGAGUGAGCUUUGAGGACCCAGCCCGAGCAGAGACCUUACAUAACGUAAACAAGAGCCGGAUCAACAUGAAAGGAAAACGAAGGCCUCAAACACGAUCUGCCCGGAGGCUGGCUGCCCAGGAAUCCAGCGAGGCUGAGGAUGUCAAUGAUGCUGAGGGGCCUCAGUUGGCAUGGGAGCCUGUCAUCUCCCCACCUGUCAAACAGCAGCAUAGCAAAGAAGCAGACAAGAAUAAAAGUUUCGAAAAGGCUGUGGUGGCUCCUUCCCCCUUUUUGGAAGGUGCCCUAGGGCCCAGAGGGGACAGACAACCUUUGGCUAGAUCUGUGGACCUGGCUACCGAGGACAGCCUUUCCGAUCCCAGUGACUUCUCUGCAAAGGUUUCUGGGCCAAAGUCAACAACAAAGAGAGCAAAGGACAAGGAGAAGACCUCCCAGGAUUCAGCCACCCAGCCCAGGGGCAGAGAAGAAAAGCCAUCUUUGCUGCCUGUGCUGGACAAGUCAGAGAUUGAGGAGGGUCUGUUUCAAUCUGUAAAGCAGAAACCAUUGAAGAAAAAAAAUACUGCUCCUCUCCUAGAGGACGAAGAUGAUCUCUUCGCCAACCAGAAAGCCAAGAAAAAGACAUCAGAGCCUCUCUGGCAGCAAGAUGUUGUUUCAAGAAGCCAAGACAUUUUUGAGGAUGACAUAUUUGCUACAGAAGCAAUUAAACCAGCACCUAAAACAAAAGAGAAGGAAAAAGCCUUGGAAUCUAACCUUUUUGAUGAUAACAUUGACAUCUUUGCUGACCUGACUGUAAAACCCAAAGAGAAGAAGUCAAAAAAGAAAGUGGAGCCAAAGUCGAUAUUCGAUGAUGAGAUGGAUGAUAUUUUUCUCCAUCUAGUGGGCCUGACCAAGAUGCCCAAGCCAAAAAGCCAGUCCGCUCAGUCAGCACCAGAAAAGAUAGAAACCAAGGCAUCCAGUCCAUUUGAUGACCCUCUCAAUGCUCUGGGGGCCAGUAGAAGACACAUGUGCUUAAAGACCCAUGGGCAAAAGGGGGGAUUUCAUCGUUGUUGGAGCUCUUCUGGUUUACUAUCAUACCCUUAAAAUCUAACCAACUAUAUCAAGAAAAGCAGAUCCUGGAAAAGGCUCUUCUCUUGUUCAAUGUAAACAGUAUUAUUUUUGCACUGGUUUAAUCAUGCUUAAUUAAUAAUAAGGAAAAAAUAGAUAUUCUAAAAUACUUUGUUAUGUGCAGUCAACUUUAAUUAGCUUGUGCAAUACAUGCAAUGAUGUACUCUAUUAUAUAGAACAUUGUUUCUUUUAUUGAACAAAGACAAAAAUUGCCGAUAGUUAAAAUGGUGAAAUAUAAAUUGUUAUAAACUGUAUUUUGCAUGGUUACUAUAUCUAUUUAACUUAUCAUGGUUAGAGUUUAUCAGGAGCUACUCUGAGAAAUACAGCCUGAAAAGUAGAGGAGACUUGGUAGUGUUGCCUCCCACCUUCGUGUUCACUAUGAUAAGGGGUCAUUGAGUUUAGAGAAAAGUCCUUUUUGGAUCCUGCUUUGGUACAGGACGGCAUAAAAACCAUUCCUUCAACCGCCACCCUGAUCCUGCUUCAGGUACUUGGAAAGUAGAGCAAUUUGAUAAAGGCCAAGAACAUUCCUAAUAAAUCCAGACUAUUGACCAGUUAAUUUUUCUUAGUAUAGCACUAAGAAUUAAUGCUUUAUUUUUAGCAGUAUUAAUUUAUUGUGGUAUUGUACAGUUAAGUGCUUUUAAAUAGCACUUGAGGCAAUGAGGUGGUACAUGGAUGAAGUGCUGGACUUGGAGAGAGGAAGCCCUGAGCUGAAAUCCAGCCUGAGGCAUUGCAGGCUGUGUCCCUGGCCAAAUCACCCCCCCUUUCAGCCUCAGUUUUUUCAUCUGUAAAUUGGAGGUAAUAAUAGCCUCCCAGGGUUGUGUGUUUCUCACUUAAAGUGCUCUCUAAAUGUAACUCAUUUUCACUCCUGAUUGAAGGCAGCGCACCACUUACCUUGUGCAUGGCUCCCUGAUGACCUCUCUCCAGCAUCAUCUAACAGAGAGACUGAAUAUAUAAUCUGAUGCCAUUAACUGGUGCUGCUUCCCCAAAUUUGAUCUUUUGUUAGCAGUUUCCUACCAACACCCUAUUGCUAACAUAACUUCUAAAGCAAAGGCACAGGCUGCCAGUCACAUGUGGCCCAC